AUGCCCGCGCUUAAAAAUGGGGACCCCACGCUGGCGGCCUACUUCAAGAAGCACGACAUCCCGGAUAUCUAUGAGGCCUUGUUAGGUGGUUUAUUAAUUAUGUGUCCAGAGGAUCCCCUCAGAUUUUUAGAAGAAAAGCUGAAAGAAAUAAUGGAAAAGGGUUUAUUUAGUAUUAUAUGGAAUAUGUGUAUUGAUCCAGAGUUGAGCCUGAAGCUAAAGGUGCUUUCGGACACAUAUUUACACACACUUUUAGGCCUUGAUGAUGACCAGCUGAUGACCUUAGAGUUAUGUGAUAAAGCAUGGGACUUUUAUAGCACUAAUCUAAAGAGAAAGUGCUUUGACGCAUGGGUCAGAUACUGUGCAGACAAGAAGGGUGCUGAAGAAAUCCUACAGAAAAAGUUGGCUCUUGCAAGACACCAUUACAACUGCAGAUUACUAAAAAUAAUAGUAAGAGAAUGGAAUGAUUGGGUGAAGUCUUACAAACAACAGCAAAAACGGGCAGCAAGAAAUAUAGAAAAAAUCUUUCAAAAAUCUUUGCAGAAAGUGAUGUUUAAGAGCUGGCAAAAGUUUAGUGUCUUAAACAAAAAGCAUAAAAAGUCUAUGGAGCCUAUACCAGAAUCUGAAGAUCUUCUUUUUGUUGAAACCUCUCACAUUGAAGUUCGUGAAAGACGACAUUCUGAGAGACGUCGUUCUAGUCUACCAGCUAAGCAUCUGUUUGAAGAAGGCUUACCAGCAUUCCACAUAAAAGCAGGCAGAGAGCAUUUAUCAAAGCUGCCUAUACAACCAUUAUCCCAGGUUUUCCAGUAUUUAAAUAUAGUUGACUUGGCUAGGUGUGCUCAGGUUUGCCAAAGUUGGAAGGCCAUGACACAAGUGGGUACAGUAUGGAGUAAUAUUAAUUUUUCUGCAGUGAAAGGCGUUAUAACAGAUAAAGUGGUGCAACGUAUUUUGCUGAAAUGGCGCACUAAUGUGGUGCAGUUGAACUUUCAUGAUUGUGCUGCACUACACUGGCUUACUUUUAAAAAGAUAGGUCAGUGUUUGAAUUUACAACAGUUAAAUGUUUCCAAAUGUCAAGGAUUAAAUGAUGAAUUAAUAAGACAUGUAGCGGAAGGAUGUUCAGCUCUUAUUUACUUGAAUUUAUCUCAUACAAACAUUUCAAAUGCAACGCUAGCACUUCUGCCUAGGAGCUUCCCCAAUUUACAGUUUUUAAGUAUAGCUUAUUGCAGAAAAUUCACAGACAAAGGGUUACAGUACCUCGGCAAUGGAAGAGGAUGUCAAAAGCUCAUCUACUUGGAUAUUUCAGGCUGCCUCCAGAUUACAGUGGAAGGCUUCAGAAAUAUUGGUAAUAGUUGCAGUGGUAUCCAGUGCCUGAUAAUUAAUGAAAUGCCCACUCUUAGCGACAGAUGCCUUCAAGCUUUGGCUCAAAAGUGCCAAAGGAUUGUGUCUGUUGAAUCCGAUGAAUCCCCACAUGUUUCUGACAAAGGUCUUAGAACACUUGGUGUGUGUAAUCUUGCUAAAGUGAAGAUACAAGGGAGUAAUCAGGUUACUGAUCUAAGUUUCAAAGUCAUGAGCGAAUGUUGGCCUCAAAUGAAACAUAUUCGUGUAUCUUAUUGCCCGAAACUAACAGAUGUAGCUCUCAAGCUAAUUACACCACUGGACCAUAUUGUUAUACUCAAUUUAUCAGGCUGCAUAAGAAUCAGUGAUUCAGGAAUAAGAUCACUUGUUGAAGGUCCUUCAGGCCCAAGACUGAAAGAACUAAUUUUGACUAAUUGUUGCUAUAUCUCUGAAAGUGCCCUCCUAAAAGUAGCUGAAAGGUGCCUAAGUCUAAUUUAUUUGAAUUUGCUUAAUUGCCAAGCUGUGAAUGAUGUCGGGAUUCAUUAUUUGACAAUGAUACCUUCAUUAGCCUAUGUCAAUAUUUCACGGAUAUGUAUCACAGAUCAGGCUUUGGAGAGCCUUGGCAAACUUUGGAAAAUUAAGGAGGUUGUUCUGUCAGAAUGUAAGCUGAUUUCCGAUGCAGGAAUGAAGGCAUUGUGUUCUGAUUUGAAAAAACUAGACUACAUUGAUUUCUCUUACUGCCAGCACAUAUCAAAUAAUGCAUUAAAGUAUUUGUCAUUCAGUUGUCGCAGACUCACAACUCUCAUUAUGGCUGGUUGUCCCAAGAUCAGUGAUACAGGAAUUCAGUUUAUAGCUGCAGGCUGCAGUUACCUUCAUUAUUUGGAUGUUUCAGGUUGCAAAAAUCUUACUGACAAAGCACUAAGAUUCCUGGCAAAAGGUUGUCCACAACUCCGAAUACUUAAGAUGUUGUACUGCACAAGUAUUACCCGACCAGCGGUUUUAAAUUAUGCAGCAAAGCUCCAGAAAUAUGAAUAUAAUGUUGAUGAACCUCCUCUCUGGUUUGGUUAUACCACCAAUGGUGAUGAAUUAAUACUUCCAAAGAAGCAGAAAAAGCGUCGGUUUAGCUUGAUGGGCCAGCGACUCAGCGUGUCAGAGCCUCCAGAAGAAAAAGACUUAGAACAAAGCAAGCUUCCUUUGACUGAAACCAUAACAGAACAAGUCUUUGAAGAAAGUCUGAUGUCCCCCGGAAGCCUUUCAGAAGAUCCCUAAAAGGUGUCAGAUAUUUAAAGCUCUUAAAAGCUGACAAUCCUUUUUGUUAGUGAAAAAAAUGUACUUUUUAAAAGAAAAUGCUUUUAAUUUGAUAGUAACAAUGUCCCUGUCAAACUAUGUUACUUUUUUCCCUUAAAAACUGUGGUAUGCCUUUGUUUUUUUCUUCAGAGAAAACUUGAUCGGGACAAUUAGUUAUUAAAAGAUUUCUAUAUUUCUCUGCUGUCUUAAUUUAAGUAUAUGAAGGGGCUUUCCCAGUGUUAACCAAGGAGUUAAAUGUUAACCUCUGCAGCUGUCACUGGUUUGUUAUGGAUGCCACUGUCUAGAAUCAAAUCUCCAAUCCUUCUAAAAGCAGUCCGAGCUUUCAGGAUCAUGGCACUGGGAGGUAAAAACUUACAUUUUUUUCUUGUGCUGUUUUUCCG